UUUAAAUUUUUGAAUGGAUAAUAUACUAUUGUUAAACUGUUAUGUGGUAAAAUAUGUGAACUAAUCAAAAAAGGCAUGCAGUUGACUGAAGUGUUGUGAAGUGAAGCAGCGCGCGGACAGCGGUGUGUUCAUGAUGGCGGCGGCGGCGGCGGAGGAAGAGAGCGGCGGCAGCAGUGACUCCGGGAGCACCGCGGAGGAGGAGCGCGUGCGGAGGCUCUUCCACACCUGCGACGGAGACGGAGACGGAUACAUUAACCGGAAUGAUCUGCUGAUGGUCUGCCGGCAGCUGAACAUGGAGGACUCGGUGGCAGAGAUCAUGGGGCAGCUGGGCGCAGACGAGCGAGGAAACAUCUCCUUCGAAGACUUCACUCGCUGCCGCAUGCAGCUGCUCAACGAGAUCCGCAAGGAGGAAGGCCAGCUUUCCCUGGUGUCCAGCGACUCGGAGGAGAGGAAACCUCACGAGUGUGUGGCCUCCAGCAGCGAGAACAGUCCAGGCGCUCGUGUAGACCUGCAGUCUCUGACACAAACACAUGCUCCGCAGCAGAGCUCACCGUUACUCCACAAACUCCUGGAGCCUUCGGCUGGACUUCACAAGCUCCUGUCCCGCGGCGGGAACUACCUGGAACUGACCAAUACUCUGCAUGUGGCUGCGCUGGCGUCUCUGAAGGGUGAUGUGGUGGAGCUCAACCAGCGGCUGCUGCAGACCGAGAGAGAGAGAGACUCACUAGAGAAGAGACUGGCCAAAGCACAGUGUGAGGAGUCUCAUUUGCUGCAGGAGAAUGAGGAUGUUCAGGAGAAAACGACACUGCGCUAUGAGGAGCGAAUUACAGAGCUGCACAGCAUCAUUGCUGAACUCAACAAGAAGAUAGACCUGCUGCAGGGAGCCACCAUCAGGGAGGAGGAUGAGUUUUCUGAGCUUCGCUCCGAUCUCAGUCACAGCCAGCUGGAAGUUAACGAGGACGACCAGAGCGUCGAUCAGGACCCCGACCAGGCGUCCAUCUCACUGCCUGAGAACCAGUCCACACUGGUCACUGCAGACAUGGAUAACUGCAGUGACCUGAACUGGGAGCUGCAGCGUGUUUUGACGGGUCUGGAGAGCGUCCUGUGCGGCCGUAAGAAGAGCACAUGCAGUCUGUCUGUGGCGGAGGUGGACAGACACAUCGAGCAGCUGACCUCGGCCAGCGAACACUGCGAUCUGGCCAUCAAGACGGUGGAGGAGAUCGAGGGCGCUCUAGGCCGUGACUUCUACCCCAGUCUGUGUGAGGAGCGAGUGCGCUGGGAGAAGGAGCUGGCUGGACUCCGGGAGGAGAACGAGAGCCUGACGGCGAUGCUGUGCCGUAAAGAAGAGGAUCUGAACCGCACCAAAGCCAUCGUGAGCGGCGUCCGAGAGGAGCGAGACCGUCUGCGCAGACGUGUGCGAGAGCUGCAGACGCGUCUCCAGACCGUCCAGCCCGGUGCUCCGUCCAGUCCUGGGCGUCUGACAUCAGCGGGACGUCCCAUCAACCCCAGCACCGGAGAACUCAGCACCAGCAGCAGCAGCAACGACAUCCCCGUCGCCAAAGUGGCGGAGCGAGUGAAGCUGUCAAAGACUCGCUCAGAAUCGCUGCCAGCGGAGAGAUCCGUCCUCGGCUCUGAAAUCAGCAGCAUCGGGGUGUCCAGUAAUGUGGCUGAACACCUGGCUCAUUCCCUUCAGGACUGCUCCAACAUCCAGGAGAUCUUCCAGACGCUCUACUCGCACGGAUCCGCCGUCUCCGAGAGCAAGAUCCACGAGUUCGAGGUGGAGACGGAGAGACUGAACAGUCGUAUCGAGCACCUGAAGUCUCAGAACGAUCUGCUGACCAUCACACUGGAGGAGUGUAAGAGCAACGCCGAGCGGAUGAGUAUGCUGAUGGGGAAAUAUGAGUCCAACGCCACCGCGCUCAGACUGGCCCUGCAGUACAGUGAGCAGUGUAUCGAGGCGUAUGAGCUGCUGCUGGCGCUGGCCGAGAGUGAACAGGGUCUGGUUUUGGGUCAGUUCAGAGCCGCUGGAGUCAGUGCUGUGGGAGAGCAGGCGGGUGAAGAGAGCAUCACACAGAUCCUGAAGAAAGCUCACGACAGCAGAAAGACGGCAGAGAUCGCUGCUAAAGAUCUCCUGACCCGUCUGGAUGGCAGCUGUGGAGCUGUGUUUGUGGUCAGCAGCUGUAGUGUCCAGCCCUGGGAGAGUCUCUCGUCCAACAGCCACACCAGCACCACCAGCUCGACGGCCAGCAGCUGUGACACGGAUUUCUCCAAAGACGACGAGCAGCGUCUGAAGGACUACGUGCAGCAGCUGAAGAACGACCGGGCGGCCGUCAAGCUGACCAUGCUGGAGCUGGAGAGCGUCCACAUCGACCCGCUGAACUACGACCUCAAACCCCGCGCAGACUCGCAGAGACUCGACCUGGAGAACGCCGUGCUCAUGCAGGAGCUCAUGGCCAUGAAGGAGGAGAUGGCGGAGCUGAAGGCGCAGCUGUAUCUGCUGGAGAAGGAGAAGAAAGCUCUGGAGCUGAAGCUGAGCACACGGGAGGCUCAGGAACAGGCGUAUCUGGUGCACAUUGAGCAUCUGAAGUCUGAGGUGGAGGAACAUCAGGAACAGAGACGGAGAUCGCUCAACUCCACCGGCAGCAGCGCUGGAGCCAAAGACAAGAGCGGGAAGGACUCUGGUGAUUCUCCAGCGGUCAGUCUGUGUGACCUGAGGAGUCUGAGCGACAGCGACCUCGCGGCGGAGCUCACCAGCGCCCUCAGGAGAGAGAAGAAGCUGAAGGGUCGUGUUCAGGAGUUGGUGGCAGCGUUAGAAAGACUCACUAAGAGCAGUGAAGUCAGACAUCAGCAGUCGGCAGAGUUUGUUAACGACCUGAAACGAGCAAACAGUAAUCUGGUGUCAGCGUAUGAGAAAGCCAAGAAGAAGCACCAGAACAAGCUGAAGAAGCUGGAGUCUCAGAUGAUGGCGAUGGUGGAGCGUCACGAGACGCAGGUGCGGAUGCUGAAACAGCGCAUCGCUCUCCUGGAGGAGGAGACGUCUCGACCGCACACCAGCGAGACCUCGCUCUGAACAAACACCUGUGCAAAACCACACAGAAGUCAUCGAUCUGGCAUCGGGAGCAUGAAACAAGACGUUUCUCAGCAUGCUCACGCUGCUCUUUUACACAAACGCAUCAUGAAACGAGGGCUCAGACGUGCUGGCUUUGUCAAGGAGGACAAAUACUGCUCAGUUUUUCCAAUUCAUGAUUAUGAGGUUCAGUUUUUAUUAUGAUGAACGGCAAAAAUCCUCAUAAUUCUUGGUAAUCUCAGAAUGACACGACACGAGAGAGUACAGCAGCACAGACUCGUCGCUGGUUUAGUUUAAUAAUUAUAUUUCAUAAUCACACAGUGUAGAGAAAUACGGUUUUGAGCAAUAAAUGAGAACGUCAUCUCAAAUGAAAAUUCUGUCAUCAUUUACCCAGUUUCCUAACAUCUGGUAAUCUGUGAUCAAUUUAUGAUCUAUAUGAUCCAUAAGGCCACAGAUGAUUUGUUACAACCACUUCCACAACUUAUUUAACAACUCGUCAGACAAAAUAUCUAUGUAUUAUUUAAUCUGUGAAGUCACUUUACAAUAAAGUCUCGUUUGUUAACGUUAUGAACUAAAAAUGAACAAUACACAUUUA